GAUCCCGUCGGGGAACAGGCGGGGUGCCCAGGAGUGUUGGGACGAAAGUUCAAUGGUGCGCGUAGAGUUGUGAUGACCUCACUUAAGCUUAGUCGAACAGCUUGCUCCCGGAGAAGAAGGGCCCGCGACGAUGGAAUUGCAGACAGGGGUCAGUAGUACUGCCGGACUUGGCACCUAUAUGGUUUUGAGCUAUAAGACGGGCAUAACUUGGUCGAAUAGUUGCACACAGCUAUUGUCGAGAGCUUUGUCGAUUACGCCGUUGUGAGCUUUCAAUUGAACCACAGCAAACCAGCCAUGGCUAUCGUUGCGUUCAGCCUGUUGAUGGUCCUUGGCGGCCGGGCUUCAGCCAAGACGUACAAGACUCCGACGCCUCAGAUGGGAUGGAACAGUUACAACUACUAUAACUGCUACAUCAACGAGACGAUUAUCAAAUCUAACGCGCAUGCGCUGGUCGACACGGGUCUUGCCGAGGCCGGAUAUACCACCGUCACGACGGACUGCGGUUGGUUGUCUACGGAGCGGGCGGCCGACGGGCAGCUCGAAUGGAACCCGGAGCUGUUCCCAUCCGGAGGCGGCAAGGAGCUGGGAGACUAUAUCCACAAUCUCGGCCUCAAGUUUGGUGUCUACUCCGGCGGUGGCUACUUUCAAUGCGGUUCCACGGACCAGCCUGCGUCUCUGCACCAUGAGCUCAUCGAUGCCAAAUCGUUCGCCGCAUGGGGCGCGGACUCCCUCAAAUACGAUAACUGCUACGCCGUGGAGCCCGAUGUCAUGGUAGACUACCGGCACCCAGAGGCCAUUUCCCCGGACCGUUUCGAGAUAAUGGCCGAGGCGCUGAACACAACCGACCGCGACAUCCUCUACCAGGUUUGUCAGUGGGGGACUGGCUAUGAUCUGGGUAUUUGGGCACCGAAGAUUGGAGGCAACAGCUACAGAAUCAGCAACGACAUCUACAAUGGAUGGCGGAGCAUUUGGCGCAUCGCC